GCGCCGCUGGAGGCUUUACCAAGCCUGGGUUUAUGAAACGAGACAAGUCGCUCCCCGCGCCGCAGAACAAAGAAUGCCUGCUCGCUUAUCUCUUUAUUUAAUUAUUGCCUGCAGCGCUACGAGCACCCCUGCUCAUUCUUACACCUCCCCCCUCCCCGAGGGGACCUCCAAAGGGGCUCUUCAUGCUUUCGGUCUCCCCGGAGAAGGCCGUGGUAGCCUCAGCAGGCGCCGGCCCCCAGGGUGACCUGCCGAGGCCACCACCUUCCUUCCCCUCAGUGACCACGUUCUACCCCUGGCUGCCCAAGUCGUGCCAACUCGGCAGCUUCUGAGACCCCCCUGGAGCGGCCGGUAACGGCGCCCAGUCCUGUGGCGGCUGGGGAGGGAGCCCGGCGCCGGUCCGGCAGCUCCCGCCGCGCCUCCACCGCCGCCCGGCGCCGGGACACACGCCGCCCCUCCCGGCUGCAGGACGGAGGGGAAACCGCCUCCCCCGCUGAGGGAACAGCCGCAGCCCCGCAGCCCCGUCCCCGCCGCCGGCCUGAGGGGCGGGGGGAGCCCACGCCCCGCUGCCGCUCCCCGCCCGGCCGCGCCGGAGCGAGCGCCUGUGGCUCGGCCGGUCCCUCCUCGCCCGCCGUAGCGAUGCUCCCGGCUUCGCUGCCCUGCGAGGCUGUUUCCAAGAUGGCGGCCGCGCGGGCGGCUCUGCGCGGCCGGGUCCCUGCAGCUGGGUAGAGACACCCCCUUCCUCCUGCUCCCCUCCUCCUCCUCGCUGCACCCCCGGCGCCGCAGCGGGCCAAGCCGGGCCGCGCACUGGGAUCCGCCGCUAUGGCGGCCUCGGUGCAUGCAUGAGAGACGUCGCCGUGCUGGUCUCUGCCGCCGCCAUGGAGGAGCCGCCGCCGCCGGGGAGGAAAGAGUGCAAAUCAGAAGAUGCUACUUGCAAGAUCUCUGAAUCUGACCCUGAGGAAUUAUCAGAUGAAGCAAGUACUGACACUUUCUAUGGAACUUCUCCUCCUAGUACACCCCGCCAGAUGAAGCGUAUGUCAACAAAGCAUCAGAAAAAUAACAUUGGGAGACCUGCUAGCCGCUCCACUUUGAAAGAAAAAAUGAGUGUGCCAACUCAGUCUGUGCAUAAAGACAACGGGAAAACCGUUGAGAACGUGGAGGAGCACAGCUAUAAGCAAGGAAAAAAGAUCCGAGACACCCUAAGGACAACAGAACGAGAUCACAAGAAAAAUGUGCAGUGUUCAUUUAUGUUAGACUCAGUUGGUGGGUCUCUGCCAAAAAAACCAAUCCCAGAUGUUGAUCUCAAUAAGCCUUACCUCAGCCUUGGCUGUAGCAAUGCUAAGCUUCCAGUCUCUGUGCCCAUGCCAAUACCCAGAACUGCUCGCCAGACUUCUAGGACUGAUUGCCCAGCAGACCGCUUAAAAUUCUUUGAAACCCUGCGGCUUUUGUUAAAACUUACCUCAGUCUCAAAGAAAAAGGACAGGGAGCAAAGAGGGCAGGAAAACACCUCUUCUGUCUGGCUGAACCGAUCCAAUGAACUGAUCUGGCUGGAGCUACAAGCUUGGCAUGCUGGCCGGAGCAUUAAUGACCAGGACCUCUAUCUCUAUGCAGCCCGUCAAGCUAUCCCUGAUAUCAUCAAUGAAAUCCUCACCUUCAAAGUGAACUAUGGAAGCUUCUCCUGUGUAAAAAAUGGAGCCAGUCUCAAUGGUACUUCAGAAGGAGUUUGCAAAGCAACACAUGGAACUAGUGCUUUGGGUUACUCAAGUUACCAUGAACACCUCCAACGCCAGCGGGUCUCAUUUGAGCAAGUGAAGCGGAUAAUGGAGCUGCUAGAGUAUAUAGAAGCACUUUAUCCAUCUCUGCAGGCUCUUCAAAAGGACUAUGAAAAGUAUGCUGCAAAGGACUUCCAAGACAGAGUGCAGGCACUCUGUCUAUGGUUAAAUAUUACAAAAGACUUAAAUCAAAAACUAAGGAUUAUGGGAACUGUAUUGGGCAUCAAAAAUCUUUCUGACAUUGGCUGGCCAGUGUUUGAAAUUCCUUCUCCUCGACCAUCUAAGGACAAUGAUCCAGAAGAUGAUGAAGUUGAUAGGGAAACAGAAGUAAAGGAAUCCUCAGGAACAUGCACAGAGGAGAGCGAUGGUGAUGAACAAAUCUCUGAGGAGAAUGUUGAGGAACUUAGACAAGCCAUCAAGAACAAUUUUAGUAAUAAGCCAAAUUUUGACUUUCAGGACCAUUUUUCAAGAAGGCUUGAUAGGCUUGAAUCUGAGGAUGACUCUGCCUCUUGGGCUAUUCCAGAAUGCAGUGCUGAGGCAAGCUGCAGCCAACACUGUUUGACCUCUAUUUACAGGCCGUUUGUAGAUAAAGCACUGAAGCAAAUGGGGUUAAGGAAACUAAUUUUAAGACUGCACAAGCUAAUGCAUGGUUCAUUGCAAAGGGCCCGCAUGGCGUUGGUAAGGAGUGACCACCAGCUGGAGUUUUCCGAAUUUCCAGAUCCGAUGUUGUGUUCAGAUUAUGUGCAGUUACUAAAUUCCCCACCUUGUUGUGAGCAAAAAUGCAGCACUGUAUCAUGGGAGGAGCUGAAAUCCAUGGAUUUACCAUCUUUUGAACCUGCAUUCUUGGUCCUCUGCCGAGUUCUGCUCAAUGUUAUCCAUGAAUGUCUAAAGCUAAGGUUGGAACAAAGACCUGCUGGGGAGCCUUCUCUUUUGAGUAUUAAACAGCUAGUGAGAGAGUGUAAAGAGGUUCUGAAGGGUGGCCUGUUAAUGAAGCAAUAUUACCAGUUUAUGUUGCGGGAGGUGUUAGAUGACUUACAAAAGAUUGAUUGCAACAUCGAUUCUUUUGAAGAGGACCUGCAUAAAAUGUUAAUGGUUUACUUUGAUUAUAUGCGAAGCUGGAUCCAAAUGCUACAGCAGUUACCUCAAGCGUCUCAUAGUUUAAAAAAUCUGUUGGAGGAAGAAUGGAAUUUCACCAAAGAAAUAACUCCUUACAUAAGAGGAGGUGAAGCUCAAGCUGGAAAACUAUUCUGUGAUAUUGCAGGAAUGCUGCUGAAAUCUACAGGAAUAUUUUUAGAUUCUGGACUACAAGACAGUUGUGAUGAAUUUUGGGCCAGUGCCGAUGACAGUACUGCAUCAGAUGAAAUCAGGAGGUCUGUUAUAGAGACGAGCCGAGCACUCAAAGAACUGUUUCAUGAAGCUAGAGAAAGGGCCUCCAAAGCUCUUGGUUUUGCUAAAAUGCUGAGGAAGGAUCUUGAAAUAGCAGCAGAGUUUGCAUUGUCAGCCCCUGUGCGAGAUCUUCUGAAUGCUCUGAAAACAAAAGAGUAUGUGAAGGUACAAAUCCCUGGACUCGAGAAUUUACAAGUAUUUGUACCAAAUAGUAUUGCAGGUGAGAAAUCUGUGAUUUUGCAGCUCCUCAACGCAGCUGCUGGAAAGGAUUGCUCAAAGGAUUCGGAUGAAGUUGCGUAUGAAGCCUACUUACUGAUGACCAAACACAGCGAUAAAACCCAUGAACUGGAUGACAGCUGGAGUUCGUGGGAGGGCCAGCCAGUCAAAGUAGUGCCACAAGUAGAAACUGUUGAUACACUGAGAACCAUGCAGGUUGAUAACCUUCUCCUUGUAGUCAUUCAAUCUGCCCACCUUGUGAGUCAGAGGAAAGCUUUCCAGCAGUCUAUCGAAGGGCUAAUUUCUCUGCACCAGGAACAGACAUCCAGCCAACCGAUCAUCGCCAAAGCUCUACAACAGCUAAAGAGUGAUGCAUUACAGCUAUGCAAUAAGAUAAGCAGUGCCAUUGACAGAGUUGAUCACAUGUUCACGGCUGAGUUUGAUGCUGAAGUGGAUGAAUCUGAAUCUGCCACUUUGCAGCAAUACUACCGGGAAGCCAUGAUUCAGGGUUAUAAUUUUGGUUUUGAGUACCAUAAAGAAGUUGUUCGUCUGAUGUCUGGAGAAUUCAGGCAGAAAAUUGGAGACAAGUAUAUCAGCUUUGCCAGAAAAUGGAUGAAUUAUGUGCUAACAAAAUGUGAGAGCGGCCGAGGCACUCGACCCAGAUGGGCAACUCAAGGUUUUGAUUUUCUUCAAGCCAUUGAGCCGGCAUUUAUUUCAGCUCUCCCGGAAGAUGACUUCUUGAGUUUACAAGCUCUGAUGAAUGAGUGCAUCGGCCAUGUUAUUGGAAAACCUCACAGUCCUGUUACAGGUUUGUACCUUGCUAUUCAUCGAAACAGUCCCCGUCCUGUAAAAGUACCUCGGUGCCAUAGUGAUCCACCAAAUCCUCAUCUUAUCAUCCCCACGCCUGAAGGCUUCAGCACGCGGAGUGUCCCUUGCGAUGCCCGGAGCCAUUGCAGCGUUGCUGUCAGUCGCCCCGCUCCCGUCGGUAGCGACUCAGCUCAGCCCAAAGCUGCCAGCAGUGCAAAUGACACCAGGGGUUCCAGUGUCCCUGAAAAUGAUCGACUGGCUUCAAUAGCAGCUGAGUUGCAGUUCAGAUCCCUUAGUCGCCACUCCAGUCCCACUGAAGAGCGAGAAGAACCAGCGUAUCCAAAAGGAGAUUCAAGUGGCUCGUCCCGGCGGAGUUGGGAGCUCAGAACUUUAAUCAACCAGACCAAAGACACUGCUUCCAAGCAAGCACCCAUUGAAGCUGUUCAAAAGUCUGUUCAGUUGUUUGAAGAAAGGAGAUACAGAGAGAUGAGGAGGAAGAACAUCAUUGGCCAAGUUUGUGACACACCGAAAUCUUAUGAUAAUGUCAUGCAUGUAGGUUUGAGAAAAGUGACUUUCAAGUGGCAGAGAGGAAACAAAAUUGGUGAAGGCCAGUACGGGAAGGUCUAUACCUGCAUCAGUGUUGACACUGGAGAGCUGAUGGCUAUGAAGGAAAUAAGAUUUCAACCUAAUGAUCACAAAACCAUCAAAGAAACAGCCGAUGAACUGAAGAUCUUUGAAGGCAUCAAACACCCUAAUCUUGUUCGUUAUUUUGGAGUGGAGCUCCAUAGGGAAGAAAUGUACAUCUUCAUGGAGUACUGUGAUGAGGGCACUCUGGAGGAGGUAUCAAAACUGGGCCUUCAGGAGCAUGUCAUUAGGCUCUACUCAAAGCAAAUCACGGUUGCUAUCAAUGUACUACAUGAACAUGGUAUUGUUCAUCGAGACAUUAAAGGAGCCAACAUCUUUCUUACCUCAUCUGGACUGAUUAAACUAGGAGACUUUGGCUGCUCAGUGAAACUGAAGAACAACACCCAGACAAUGCCUGGAGAAGUGAACAGUACUUUGGGGACUGCAGCGUACAUGGCUCCAGAAGUAAUUACCAGAGCUAAAGGAGAAGGGCACGGACGCGCAGCGGACAUCUGGAGCCUGGGCUGUGUUGUUAUAGAGAUGGUCACGGGCAAGAGGCCUUGGCACGAAUACGAGCACAACUUCCAGAUCAUGUAUAAAGUGGGGAUGGGUCAUAAACCUCCAAUUCCUGACAAAGUGAGCCCAGAAGGGAAGGACUUCCUUUGCCACUGCCUGGAAAGUGACCCAAAGAUGAGGUGGACUGCCAGCCAGCUCCUCGAUCAUCCUUUUGUCAAGGUUUGCACAGAUGAAGAAUGAAGUUAUUCAAUCUCUGGCCUUUUUUAUUCUGGCAAGAUAUCUUUUAAUCACUACUGUAUGUAAUAUUUACAUAAAGACUGUGCUGAGAAACAGUAUCAAAGUUGACCUUACGAAGACUGCACAAGUGACGCGCGUCACUUCCUCUGCUGCUCCUGUAUGUUUUAUUGGCACAUGUUGCUCAUGUGACGGUGUCCGCGAGUUGGAAGAAGCUGCAUGUUUCAGUGAAAGUGCCAUUACUACUGUAUAUGGACCAUACCUUUUUAUUUGUUCUUUCUCCUGUUUCUCAUUUGAUUGAGAACUGUAAUGUUAAUAUGUAGUAUUUUUGAACUCUUUAGGUUCGGAAAAAUGCUGUAGUGUUAUCAGGCGUUAUGGACCGUGUUUUUUAAUCUGUUUGUUGAGUGCACUGACUGUGAACUUUUACUGGUUUUUUUGUUUAUUUGUUUUUGGCAAGCUUCAGAUUUGUUAUGCACAAGGCUGAUUAAUGAAAUUUAAAAAAAAAAAAAAGUUUUUUCUCAAUAAAUGGUUUAUUUUAGGA